UAGUGCUACUCAUUGUGUCAAAUUACGUGACGUAGAUUGCACUUGGAGCGCUGCUGUGCCCACGUUGUAGGACACGCUCGCUCUGAACAGCGAUCGUUGGUCUGCAGUGUCUCAUCGAAAGUGAAAGUGCACGUCAUACUGUCAAAACCAUCGAGACUGCUUGAAGCUGAGAACUGAGAGAUGUCAUUGUUGUGUCUGCGGCGUAUGAAGAACUCGACCAUUAGCCCUAUAGGAACACCGUGGAUGCUUUUUUUGGUUUCGUUAUUGCUACUGUGGAACUUCUGGAACUUCCUGACGCCGCUACAUGAGAUAUCAGUGGUAGUCGGCUCACUAUGGGUUGCACUCAAGCUGUCCUACGCUGUGUCCCGAUUCCUCCCCAGGUGGGCCUUCGUAGAGGAAGUGCAAGGAGAUGGGAAAGCGGUGCUCAUCACAGGAUGCGACACCGGCUUCGGCCACCGGCUAGCGAAGCGGCUGUCUCACAAAGACUUUUUGGUGUUCGCCGGUUGUCUUAACUCAAACGGCGACGGGGCAUGCGAGCUGAAACACCUGAAAAACAUCGUCGUCUUGCAAAUGGACGUCACGGAACAAGAACAAGUGAAUGAAGCCUUCGUCACCGUUAAAGAAAAGUUGGGUGCCAGAGUACUCUGGUCGGUGGUGGCGAAUGCUGGAAUCGGAAGCAGCGGACUUCUAGAGUGGACGACACUGGAAACAGUAACCAAAAUGUUUGACGUCAACGUCUUCGGUGUCCUUCGUGUAAUCAAACGAUUCCUGCCACUCCUGAGGAAGAGUCAAGGCAGAGUCGUCACUGUAGCCAGUCCCCUGGGCCGCCUCAUACUGCCCAUGGUAGCGCCGUACUGCAUGACGAAGAGCGCCGUCAUCUCCAUGAUGGAUGCCUUUCGACGGGAGUGUCGAGGCAAGGGUGUCGACUUUGUCACAGUGGAGCCUGCAGCCUACAAGACGCCCAUCACUUGGAUGUUUCUUGCGUCCAAGGAUCACGUGAUGCGGGAGCUCCGAAAGCAGGCUCCCGAGGUGAUUGCCGACUACAGCCAGGAGGAGAUCGACGAUUGGGUUAAAGUGUCGGACAAGUGCUCCGGGCCAUUGGUUAGGACGGAGCCGGAAGAGUGCGUCGAUGUUCUCGAGAAAGCGGUCAGGGAGACGCAGCCGAUGACUCACUACUGGUCCCCGUGGGGAAUUGACUUGCUCUACCUUUCGGUGAUGCUAUCCUUACCCAGUGACGUCUUUGACGCUGCCGUAGCAGUCAUCCGGAAAAUCCAUCUGAAGAUUAUGUAAAGGUUACUUCUAUCAA